AUGGAAAUCCCACUCGUCCGCAUGUCCUGGAAGACGAUCGUUCCACUGGACGAAAAUUUGGCGGGAAAAGCACUAUCCGUGUCGAUGUGCCCAGUACCAGGCUGUCUGGGAUGGGGAAAUGUGUUAAGGCAUAAGAAUGCCUUCCACCGGACAGAGGAGGCCUGUCCGGUGGCGGCACAUAUGAGGAAGCUUCGACAGCAUUCGAGAAAUCCCCAUCCCUUCAUGGCGACAGCGGCACCACCAGCUCCCUUCAUGGCGACAGCGGCACCACCAGCUCCACCACCACAUCCCACUCUAGGCCUUCAGGAUGUGAAAAUGGAGGAGGAUAUUGCCCUCCCGCCACCGCCACCACCACCACACUUCACGCUGCCACCACCGCCAAUCCAAAUGCCGAACAAUAUGCCAGCCGAACCCAUCAGGCUGGCGUAUAUCACCACGCUAUCUACGGGAGGCGCAAUGUCAUCAACCAUGCUCGACUUCACACAAACAUUUCCAAUAAAUUCAUAA